CGGGCAAUCUAACCAAGUCUAACAACAUUGAGACAAUCUACGACACCGUGAACUGUGACAAACUGACAAAUAAGUGAUUCGCGUCAUUCAUGUAACACGAGGAGUAUUUGAAAUUGUUUUGUUAGAUGUUCGAACUGCUCUUACAGUGAUAUACAUAUAAAUCUAAUACCAUGAAUAAAUCAGUUUUUGCUGUCUUCUUGUUAAGUUUAUUUAUUACCAAAGGAAACAGUUUAUACUGCUACAGAUGUAACAGUAAUCAUCCUGGGUGUGGCACACCCUUAAAUUGGUUAUGGUAUUGGGGAGAAACCUGUCCAGAAUACGAUGAUAAAUGUGUGAAAAUUAUUGAAAGAAAAGGAGCUGAAACUAUUAUAACACGAGAGUGUCUGAGCUCUGUUCGUAGCUUUAGAACAGACAUUCCUGCCGAUAGGUAUGAAGGCUGUCGACCUGCUGCUAAGGAUGUUCGAUUAGGACAUUACGUAAAUAAUAGCAUCUCUCAAUUAGAUAUUCAUAGAGAUUAUUAUGACGAAGUAACAUGGUGUUUCUGUUACUUCGAUCACAGAUGUAAUAAUUCUACUACUAUUACUGUUUCGACAUUGUUAUUGUUUAUAGGUAUUGCAGUACAAAAACUUUUUAUUUGAAAUAGUCACUAAACAUCAUAACAUCAUCUUUGAAAUAUUUAUAUUCUCAGCUUACUCAGGUUUAGUUUCUAAUUGGCUUACUUUCAAAUCAUUAAAUUAAAUAAAAUUCGUUUAUUUAGCUACUUCAGGUGACCCUUGUA